AUGAGGAAAGAGAACGAGCAUUUGCAGGAACAGAAUAAAAAACUGAAUGAAACUGUGACUGAUUUAAGAAUCAGAGUUAGAAACCUUGAACGGUACACUCGAAAAAAUAAUAUAGAGAUCAGUGGAAUACCCCCGACACCUAACGAGAACAGCCUUAAUCCGCUAAAGGACGUAGGGAGAGCUAUGGGACAGGAACUAGUGGAAGCCCAGGUGUCAGCGGUGCACAGAGUUCCAACCUACAAGGCCGACAGGACGCCCUCCAUCGUGGUCCAAUUUACGGGAAGGAUGCAGCGAGAUGCCUGGAUCACAGCUUUCAAAAAGAAGAAAACCCUGACGGCAUCAAAGAUUAACCCUAUCUUCCCUAAACAGCAAGCCGUAUACGAGAAUGAACACCUGUCACCAGAAAACAAACAGUUACUAGGCCAACUUAAGAAGAAAUGCAAUGAAAAAAAUCUGAAGUUUUUUUUAGGUGAAGGAAGGGAAGUUCUUCGUGAGAAAAAAAGGAGGGGGGAAAAUGCCACAAGGUAA